UGGCGGACUAUCGCACGUGUGGCCGGAAAGGAAGUAACAUCACCCGGGAGAGCAGAGAAGCCGGGUUGUGGCGCGGCUGGGAAGGAGCUUCAGCGCCAACAUGUCUCAUUUACCGAUGAAACUUUUACGCAAGAAGAUCGAGAAGCGUAACCUCAAGUUGAGACAGCGCAACCUAAAGCUCCAAGGGACCUUGGGUGUGGGCCUGUCAGAAACUCAAAAUGGAGAUGUGUCUGAAGAAACAAUGGGAGAUGGAAAAGUAAAAAAGUCCCUAAAACAGUCGGUGAAUGCAGACCUGUCAGAAACCCCAAAUGGAGACAUAUCUAAAGAAACAGUAGGAAGUGGGAAAGUUAAAAAAUCUCUAAAACAGUCUAUGAAUGUGGACCUAUCAGAAACCCAAAGUGGAGACAUAUCUAAAACAGUGGGAGGUGGAAAAGUUAAAAAAUCCCUAAAACACUUUGUGAAUGUGGACCUGUCAGAAACCCAAAAUGGAGACGUAUCUAAAGAAACAGUGGUAAGUGGAAAAGUUAAAAAAUCCCUAAAACAGUCUGUGAAUGCAGGCUUGUCAGAAGCCCAAAAUGGAGAUACAUCUAAAGAAACAGUGGGAAGUGGAAAAGUUAAAAAGUCCAGGAAAGAGUCGGUGAAUGCAGGCUUGUCAGAAGCCCAAAAUGGAGAUGUAUCUAAAGAAACAGGGGAAAAUGUUAAAAAACCCUCCAAGAAAUCUAACAUAUUGACCAGUGAUGAAGCAGCAACACAGUCUCUCAAUUCAGAAUCAAAAAAGAAGAAGAAAAAGAAGAAGAGAAAAAUAGUGGAUGAUGCUGGUCCUGAUUCAAAAAAAGCAAAAACUGAAGAUAAAGGAAACCCUGGAGACAGUGCCCAGGCUCCUGAAGAAAGAGAAAACAGUGUGGAAAAGCCAGACAAGGAUGAUGACACUGAGGUGCCCAGCCUGCCCCUGGGACUAACAGGAGCUUUUGAGGAUACUUCAUUUGCUUCGCUGACUGAUCUUGUCAAUGAGAAUACUCUGAGGGCAAUCAAAGAAAUGGGUUUUACGAACAUGACUGAAAUUCAACAUAAGAGUAUCAGACCACUUCUGGAAGGCAGGGAUCUUCUGGCAGCUGCAAAAACAGGCAGUGGCAAAACCCUGGCAUUUCUCAUCCCUGCAGUUGAGCUCAUUGUUAAGUUAAGAUUCAUGCCCAGGAAUGGAACAGGAGUCCUUAUUCUCUCCCCCACUCGGGAACUGGCCAUGCAGACCUUUGGUGUUCUAAAGGAGCUGAUGACGCACCAUGUGCACACAUACGGGUUAAUAAUGGGUGGCAGCAACAGAUCUGCUGAAGCACAGAAGCUUGCCAAUGGGAUCAACAUCGUUGUGGCCACCCCAGGCCGUCUCCUGGACCACAUGCAGAAUACCCCAGGGUUUAUGUAUAAAAACCUACAGUGUCUGGUUAUUGAUGAGGCUGAUCGUAUCUUGGAUGUUGGGUUUGAAGAAGAAUUAAAGCAAAUUAUUAAACUUCUGCCAACACGCAGACAGACCAUGCUCUUUUCUGCCACACAAACUCGUAAAGUUGAAGACCUGGCGAGGAUUUCUUUGAAAAAGGAGCCUUUGUAUGUUGGUGUUGAUGAUGAUAAAGCCAAUGCGACAGUGGAUGGUCUUGAGCAGGGAUAUGUUGUCUGUCCUUCUGAAAAGAGAUUCCUCCUGCUCUUUACAUUCCUUAAGAAGAACCGAAAGAAGAAACUAAUGGUCUUCUUUUCAUCCUGUAAGUCCGUGAAAUACCACUACGAGUUGCUGAACUACAUUGAUUUGCCUGUCUUGGCCAUUCAUGGAAGGCAGAAACAAAAUAAGCGGACAACCACAUUCUUCCAGUUCUGCAAUGCAGACUCCGGGAUUUUGUUGUGUACAGACGUGGCAGCUAGAGGGCUGGAUAUUCCUGAGGUCGACUGGAUUGUUCAGUAUGACCCUCCAGAUGACCCCAAGGAAUAUAUUCAUCGUGUUGGUAGAACAGCCAGAGGCCUAAAUGGAAGAGGGCAUGCCUUGCUCAUUUUGCGCCCCGAAGAACUGGGUUUCCUUCGCUAUUUGAAGCAAUCCAAGGUUCCAUUAAGUGAAUUUGAGUUUUCCUGGUCCAAGAUCUCAGACAUUCAGUCUCAGCUUGAAAAACUGAUUGAAAAGAACUACUUCCUUCAUAAGUCAGCCCAGGAAGCAUAUAAGUCAUACAUCCGAGCAUACGAUUCCCAUUCUCUGAAACAGAUCUUUAAUGUUAAUAACUUAAACUUGCCUCAGGUUGCUCUCUCAUUUGGUUUCAAGGUGCCUCCCUUUGUUGAUUUGAACGUGAACAGCAAUGACGGCAAAGUUAAAAAGAGAGGAGGUGGCGGGGGAUUUGGCUACCAGAAAGCCAAGAAGGUGGAGAAAUCCAGGAUCUUCAAACACAUCAGCAAGAAACCAUCUGACGGCAGGCAGUUCUCUCACUGAAGACACAUCCUGAAGUGGAUUUUCCCCAUGCUCUAACAGAGGCAUUUCUGUUGCUUUAGGAUUUAUGAAUUGACUUGGGUUGCAGGCACUGAGCCCUGUUAUUUCCAGAGAGUCUCCUAUUUGGGGAUAUAAAAGAGAUCAGUAUUUCCUGAUUGCCUGGGGGCAAAAGCAAGAGAUCUUUUUAGUCUUUGUGAUGAUAGUAUAUUUUUAAGUUUAAAUCUUAUUUUCCCAAGUUUGUUACUGUUCUAAUAUAAUUCUUUUUGGUACCGUUCCUUCCUAGUGUCUGAAGAUUUUUGUGUAUCAGCCUGCCAUAAAAGGCAGGUGACCUAGUACACUGGACAGGUGGUGAUGGUGAUGCAGAAAAUUGUUGCCCUUUAACUUUUUUUGAUUUAGACUGUUUCCUGGACCUUAACAGUAGUUUGUUGACCCCUUCUGAAAAUGAAAUUCUUUGGUGAAUACCUAAGAAGCUCCUUUGGUUAAAGGUGGCAUUGGUUUUUAUAUAUGCUGGAUUUUAAAACAAUGAGCCUUUCUCCAUUUUAUUUUUUUAAGAAAUGUGUGUUGUCAUUGUUACUUGAAUAAAGCAUCCAUAGCAGUCCUAUCAUUGAGGGUGGGGUGCAGGCGAGAUCUGAGAUUUUUUUAGCCUCAUUUGCAGGUAUAAUAUUCUAUUCUCCAUUUGGUAACUUAACAGACUUUUUUCUAAUUUUUUUCUUUUUUUUUUUUUUUGGUAAGGCAGAGAGCAGUAACACCUCAGUCGCAUUUGCUUGUUUUAAGUGAUUUGGAUUUUGGUGAGCCCCUGCAAAUCUGCAGAGUACUUAGAAGGCAAAGCAUCUUUUUGAGAAAAAUUGCCUCUUCCAGAUCCAUGAAACAAAAACAUUUGUGGUGAAAACUGAAAAUGAACAGAAGUCAGAAUGAGCAGCAAAGUCAGUAGUUUAGUCGAAUAGGGAUUCUUGUAGGGACUUUAGAUUUCCAAUGUGUUUUCUUUUGUUUCCAGUAUGUUUUGUAACUACAGAAUGGUUGUUACGUUUUGUAGUCAUUUAAAACCAAAGUUCCUGACGUAAUUUUGCUGUCGUACCAGUUAUUUAAGUAUGCAGAGACUGUCAAAUGUAGAAGAAACAGUCCGGGAAACUGCCUUCCAGUAGGAAAAGGAAAGACUGGUAUCAUUCCACAUCUGGGCUCAACCACUGUCACAUCCUGGGUUUCAGACCUUGAUUGCUGGACUCCUGGCAUUUAAUAAUGUUUCUCUUUCCAGUAACUUGUUUUUCUUUGUUUCAGAGAUAAUAAUGUUUUCAAAAAAUACACAAAAGCAAAGAGAAGAAUAUUUAAUCACUGAAUAGCAGUAAAUACUGUCCAUAUUUUGAUAACAUAACCUUCCAGUGUUUUGGGUACAUUUUUUAUCAGAAUGAAGUGAGUCAUCCUCUACCCUCUACUUGUAGCUUGUUUCAUAACGUGUUUUCCUGUGUCAUUAAAUGAUUGCAUCAGUGUCGUA